GCGUAGCGGCAGCUCACCCACUUACUUUCACUGUGUGUUUAUUUCCCCAACGCAACUCUUGCACAGCACUCAUCUGUUUUUUAACAUCUAUGUUGUACCAAACACCAAACGCUAUCGCUUUGGUGCAAAAGUUUGAAUUCGCACCUCGACUCCCUACACCUGAUAGCACCAACCCUUUUCAGAAAGAUGUACAUUCAAACUGCGUACAACCAGCAUUAAGAAGCUGUAUAGGAACCUCGUUCUGAAUCGUCUCAGGCUUUGUGAAUAGCGCGAUAUUUUGUGCUGUGCGAAGCAACUUUCGGAGAUGCUAUUUUUCUCAUGUGAUAUUGGGAGAAAAGUCUACGGCACACUAUAGACUAACGACGAUCUAGAUUUGUCGCAACAGCGCAGAAGCUUAGCUCAUCCCACGGUUUUGAAACAAUCCCUGCUGCUUUUUGGCAGUAAUUUCCAGUCUGUGUUGCCAUCCAGCCUCAAUUAAUCUUUCGGAUAGCAAUUGGUCAGCCUUCGUUCACGGCAGAUUCUUGCAUAACAUUUCGACGACUCACUAACCUCGAAUUGAAAAAACAAGACAAAUAGCGGGGUUGGUGUGAAAAGAGUGAGCUAGCCAUAAGUAUAUUAUUAAUAGUAAUAUGUACUAAAACGAAGCACCCAGACCCCUUACGACCGCGGAACGCCGAGUGAUUAAUUGUCUGGGUCGUCGAUUCAUUUCGAAACGGAAAAGGGUGCCGAAGAAGAUAUUCACAUAUCAUCGGUUAAUAUCGAAAACAGUAUAUCAUCAUGCAGCCGAACAAGUUUCUAUCGGAGAUGAGAUUCUUCGAUUAUGGAGGCACGAUGACCGGCAUCUAUCCGGCAGAAAAUAAAUCCUCAGUACAGCACAAGAAGCUAGUAAGGAUGUUAACGGUGGCAGCCUACCUACUCUGCGUUUCGUUGGCCGCCAUCCUACUUUCGCUGUACUACCUCUUCCUCUGGAACCCUGACAUGAACAAGGACCUACCUGAUAUACAGUCAAGGUUCACUAAGGAACUAUGCAGCUCGACUCAGCAACAAAUCCAGUCGCAACAACAUGCACAAUAUAUGCAGCGCCUUGAACACCAGCAGCUAGAACAACAGCACCGUCAACAAGUACAACAACAAGACGAACAGCGUCAACCUGUUAUAAUUAGCAUUGUCAACAGCGAUUCGAUUGUUACGAAGGUUCCUUUAACAGAUAGACAGAUACAAAUAGUAGAUAGCGACGGUAAUAGUGUUCAUAAGGCGACAGACUUCUCGUCGCCAUCAUCCAGACGGGGCUUUGUGCCCUAUCCCGCCGCGGUUCUCGGGGUACAGCCGGGACUGUUCCCCUUGUUUCCAGAUCCACUCAACCCGCUCUCCCCAUUAACGCCACUCGGUGCAGCUGGUCAGCUUGGCCAGCCGCUGAAAGGUCCCUUGGAUCUCUCUUUGAAUCCGCCCGCGCACGACGUCAAUGCUGAUCUUCAGACGCUGCCGCAAGCGGCCUCAUCCGACUCUUCGUCAUCGGCAGUUUCGGUUCAUCAACAGGAGCUACAACAGCAACCCCUGCAGCAGAAUUCUGGCCAUCUCAUACAGAUUUCGUCCGCACAGAUGAGCGGUGGGGGCGAUCAGGCCGUCUAUGACAACUCCAAACGCUCCUCAAGCAACAAUCAAGAAGAGCCCGAAAUUAGCAGCAGUCAGGAGGUACUUACUUAUCAAGAUGGCAGUGCGCUAAAUAGCAGUAACGUCAGCAGCUCUGAAUACUAACACAGCUGUAAUUGCAUAAUAUAAAUAGAAAACGUAUCGUAAAGACACCAUGCAAAAAAAUUUAAUAACGUACAUGUUUUCGAUGUAUGCAUAUACACACUCACUAAUUCUGCUCCCUGGCGUUCAGUCAUUGUUACAUAUUAAAAACGCAGAACGAGACUGGACACGUACAAUAUCGGAACAGAUCUACCGAUAUAUUCUCAAGGGCAUAUGGGCAGAAGUAAAAAAGGAAAUGGACUUACAUUUCUUUUACUAAUAUAUACCCAAUUGAUGAAAAUGGGAACCGACCGACAAUCCUUAUAGGUCAAGGUCUCUGGGCAUAGACAGAAGAAUUAUAGCUAUGCUUUUUAUGAUGGUUUUUUUUGCAAACCUUCUGACCAGUUAUUCAUUCCUUCUGCAGAUAAGCGUAUAGAACUUAAAUAUUCAUAAACGCGUAGACCCUGGACAUUAUAGAAAUUGUAUGGGGAGGACCGUACAUGAAAGAGAUAUAUGGGGCCAGAAGUAUGUAGCGAAUAACGAUGGUAUUACUAUUUAACUAUUAUUAUUACUAUUUUACUCGUUAACGUUUGCUAGAAUCUACCAGUUUGCCGUACCGAUUUACUGACCGUCGACUUGAAUACUUGAGCACGUGCUCCAUUGCUCUAGACAGCCAAGUAUCGUUAUAUGCUAGGCUUUUCACCUCGAUCUAGAUUGUUUAGAUCUGCAAGUAUGUCCCGGUUGUGGCAAAAAAAAAGUCAAUUAAAAAUAGCUUUCGUCAUGAGUUUCUUUUCGCAGCAACGACUUUGCGCUGAGUAAAUGUUCAUAUUUAUCCGCCAACAUUCGGUGAGAAAACGAUCCAAGAUAAUUCAGCGAUGCUUCGAAUUCAGAAUACUUUGUUAAUUUAUAGUUCAACUUAAUAUACUUAGCACUUUUUUUAUUUGUGCCUUUGUUAUUCUCUCUUCAAUUCCUAUUCACUUAUGUAGGCGAAAUUAAUUUUCAAUGUUUUUCCGCUUUGCAAAAUCCGAUUUUUUUUUCAAAUAAGCUGUAGCACGUGAGAUUCCUUCUUGUGUCGGUCCUGUGCAAAAAAAGCUUCCUUAUCAACUGCCAGUAGCGCUAAACUACGUGAUAUUUCGCCGACGUCUCGGGACACCUUAUGCCCGCUCAUGUUACGUUCGUAUUUUUUCGUUUAGAUUCGUUCUUUUGACGAGUGAAGCGAAGCUAUCAUGGUUGUACGCGCGGCGGUAGGGCUAAACGCCAACAAAGAAACACGAGCAGACGGAAUCAGAGUAAAAGAUUCACGUAUUGCGAGAUGCUCUGACAGUCGGUAAAUUCUCAUGGCUCCGCCCAAUGCGACGACGACCAGGAAAGAUGUCUCAAGUGCUGGCGAAUCUUGGUGCGACCCAUCGAGUUGCCUAGCUGCUGCUGAAUAGCAGUGGGGUAUCUAACAAACCCAGUCAGUCAGUAACAAAACCGAUCCUCCUUCCCCGGGGGUUUUUUCCAGCGACUAUGUCGCCGACAGAGGCAAAUCGCCGCACAAAUACGCACACAAAAGUCGCAGAGGUGGUGACGGAGCAUCGACCGAUCGGUGUCCGGGGGCCGUCGCCUGAAUACUUUUCAUCUUUGCGGGUUCCUUGCCGGGGCUUUAUGUAUAUCUCGCAACGACAAGUUCACGACAAAUAACGGUUACGUUGGCUCUAUGACGAUGCGCCUCGGACGUUUCGUUUCAUAACUACGCGUUUACUUCAGCUACAGGUUCCGCUUCGGCGCUUUUUUGCUAUCCUGCCUUAGAUUUUAUUUUGUACAAUCUUCGUCUCAUUUAUAUAGGGACUUGUGCAUGCGUGUACAGUGUAUUAUGUUAUUGCAUUGUACAGUGUCGUACUAUAUUAUUUAUCGUUUGUUGGUAAGCUUGUUGCUAUUAUGCGAUCAUUAUCUAUGCAGAACUUACUCAUGCUACGUUCGGUGAGUCCUUAAAAAGGUUGUUGGUGCGCGCUGUGAAAAUUCAAGUUAGCAUAGCGAAAAGUAGCUGAUACGCCUAUUUUAAGAUUUGUAAAAUUUUUUUUAUGAUUAUUGGUAAUCUACCUGUUGCUGUCACAGAACUUAUCUAGGAAAAAGAAAAAAAAAGUCCGAGUGUUCUAUGCUGUUUAUUUAAAAGCUUCUCGCUAAUGUACCGAGUGUUUUUAAUCUGCUCUCUUUCUGCUUGUUCUUACGUUCGUUUAGUCGGAUACCUGCAGUAGAUAUGCAAUUCGCUUGCACUAUAUCGUCAAGUAUAUUUGUGUCAUUAAGUUAUGGCUAUAAGAUCUAUUGCACUCGUUAUUUUCAACUAUUGAGAGCUCAGCUGAUGUUGACUGUGUGUGAACGAAAUUUAUGGGUGUUUCGGACACGAGAGGACAGGUGUUCAGAAAUGAGAAAGGAGCAGUUUUACCAAACGAAUCUUAUAAACUACGUAACUCUGAAGAAGAGGUUUUGCGAAUAUUGCCAGUUUGAAUUCGAAGUGCAUUUCUACCUAUUACUUGAUGUUUCCCUUGUAAAAUUUCGAAUUUCCGCUGUCUGCUGAUUGAGGACUAGCAUCGAAACAAUGGUCGGGAUGCUUGUGACUGACUGAUAGUACCGCAGUCAGCACGCCUAACCGCUGAAGACGUGAUUACGGAUAACACAUUGGCGGGACGUAGCUCCAAAUUCACUCACUUCUAUCAUUAUACACACCAAUAGCCACGAUCUUCAUUUGACUCUCCAUAGUAUUGCUGCCGAACUGCGAUCGUAGUUGCUGAAGCCGUCGCAGUAGUCUACUUGGCGUAAUGAGGCGGGAAAUAACUUUUUUACAAUUUAAUUGAUGCUGAUACCAUAUAGGUAUGUCGAUCAAAUGCUGUCCAGCGUCUUAGCUAACCGUUUCCUUCUUGUUAUUGCUGCUGCCUCCGCCACCGCCGUCGCUGCCCUUGCUUUUAAUUUAGAUAGAAUUCUCUCUUCGCAUUCAUUUAGAGACUUGUAUUUUACGGAACACUUUUUCUCACGUCGUCUUUCCGGCUGCUUUACGUCGCUUCUACUCUUGCUACUCAUAUGGAACAAUGCUAGACAGUUGAGUGGGGCGAAAAUAUAUAGCGGUGCAGAUUUAUAAUACAGUACGUAGUAGUAAGGGGAUCGUUACGUAUUGCAUAUUGUUUGCGCUAACCGCCGGCAGCUUUAUAUUAUAUUUCAGUCAAUACGAUAGUUUACUUUGCGUUCUGAAAUCAACAUUUAGAGCGAAAAUAAGCUUAUAUUGUUUUAAAUUGUGGUCUUCGUUGAUUUUUAGAUGUCGUCGGACAUUGUGCAACAACAACAACAACAGCCCCUCUCUGAGCUUCUUCUUAGCACCUAUUUUUUACAUUAAGAAAGAACGUGAUUUUGUUGUAUAGCCGUGGCUUGUAUUCAUUGUAUAAUUGUGGCUUAACAUUAUAGCUGGCCGUUAUUUCUGUUUUUCUUCCUACUCUUAAAGUUAUAUUUCGCACACGAUUCUCAUUUGUUUUUCGAUCUUCAUUGAAUAUUGAUGAGCUCUUCAGUAUACUGCUAGGAUCAGUGCAUGACCUAUGCUAAUUGUGCAACCUGCAUUCAAUAAGGGUUAGAUCCCUGAUCAAGUCUUAAGUGUUUUCCGGAAUCGUGAGAUGUGUUUAACACUUACUU